AUGAUAGCUUCUAAGUUAGACAUAAAAGAGCUUGUUCCUCAGUUUUUGGAUCCAGAACUGUCGGAUGAUGAUGUCAAAACAGGUGUCAGUUUUGCAUCGGCUGACUCGGGGUUUGACGAUUUGACUUCUAUGAUAUCCAAUGUCAUUCCUGUGAUGAAGCAAAUUGAUCUUUUCAAAAAUUACAUUCAAAGGCUUCAAGGGAUUGUGGGUGUGGACGAAAGCAGAAGGAUUAUUGGUAAUGCUUUGGUUGUUAUCAGUGCAGGAACUAAUAACUUAAACAUUAAUUUCUAUGACCUUCCGACAAGACAACUACAAUACAAUAUUAGCGGUUACCGAGGUUUUAUACAGAAUAGACUACAAAGCUUGAUCGAGGAAAUUUACCACCUUGGAUGCCGUUAUACAGUCGUCGCUGGCCUCCCUCCGCAAAUUGAUCUUUUCAAAAAUUACAUUCAAAGGCUUCAAGGGAUUGUGGGUGUGGACGAAAGCAGAAGGAUUAUUGGUAAUGCUUUGGUUGUUAUCAGUGCAGGAACUAAUAACUUAAACAUUAAUUUCUAUGACCUUCCGACAAGACAACUACAAUACAAUAUUAGCGGUUACCGAGGUUUUAUACAGAAUAGACUACAAAGCUUGAUCGAGGAAAUUUACCACCUUGGAUGCCGUUAUACAGUCGUCGCUGGCCUCCCUCCGGUUGGUUGUCUUCCCAUUCAAGAGACUAUAUCAUUUCAAAAUCCCUUCCACCGAGUACGUUUCGAGGAUCAAAAUUCAGAUUCCAAAGACUACAACCAAAAGCUUUCAAAGCUACUCAGCAAUUUACAAUCACAACUACAUAGAAGCACGAUUUUGUAUGCUGGCAUUUAUACCCCUCUCAUUGAUAUGGUCAUUAAUCCUAAAAAAUAUGGUUUUGAGCAUAUAGAGAAGGGUUGUUGUGGAAUUGGAUUAGUAGAAGCGGGGCCUCUAUGUAAUGUAAUUAUCCCAACGUGUAAAGAUCCAUCAAAAUUUAUGUUCUGGGAUAGCAUUCAUCGGACUGAAGCAGCCUAUAAGUUUGUCACUAAAUCGCUUCUCAAACAAUUUUUGAAUCAUCUAAAUUUAAACGGAUG